GGUAAAGUUAGGCCACCGUCAGGAUCACAGCAGUCUGUCAUCAUGGCCUUCAAUGGGACCUGGAAAGUUGACCGCAAUGAGAACUACGAGAAGUUCAUGGAAGAAAUGGGCAUCAACAUGGUGAAAAGGAAACUAGCUUCUCAUGACAACCUGAAGAUCACCGUGGAGCAGACCGGAGAUAAGUUCAAUUUGAAGGAAGUCAGCACUUUCCGCACAGUGGAAAUUGACUUUACUCUGGGUGUCACUUUUAACUAUUCCAUGGCAGACGGCACUGAGCUCACAGGAUCCUGGGUCAUGGAGGGUGACACGCUCAAAGGGACUUUCACACGCAAGGACAAUGGAAAGAUGCUAAUAACAACCAGGAAGAUUAUCGGUGAUGAACUUGUACAGUGUUAUUGCUAUGAAGGUGUCGAGGCCAAGAGGAUUUUCAAGAGGGGUUAAAAUGCCAUUAGCAUUCCAACAUUUAGUUGGACGAUAUGAAACCAAGUGUUGUAAGCAUUCAACCUAAUAAGGGUUUUAACAAAAUUGGCAGCCCUAAAGUUUACAAAGCAUGUAUGUAAAUCAUGUGUCAUUUGCACUAUGAGUUUUGAUAUUUAUGGUAAUAAAGCCCUUAUUACGUC